CGAGCUUCAUUCCGUGCACUUUGUUGCAUCGAGAUUCAUCAAUUUAGCAAUUCAUAGAUUUUAACGUUGGUCUCGGCUGUCGUGACCGACAAAUAUAUUAUAUUGAUAGUUUUUUUUAAUGCACUUCUUGUCAUUAUUUGCAUUUUUCACCGUGUAAUUUCAACCGAGGUGGAAUUAAAGGACGUGAUUUAGGUGGAGAGAGAGAAACAAAAGAAAACGGAUAUAUCGGAAGAUUGUUGUAGGUAACGUGAUAAGCAGUCUGAAUCAUGUAAAAUUAUUAUCAAAACAGCUCAUGUAAGCUAUACGAAUUGUAAAAGAAAAUUAACGGAUGCUAUUGUUUGUCAUAAACUUUUAAAUCCGGAGUUGAAACAAGUUACGAAAUCGACCGACACAGUUUUUAGUGUGACGAAAGAACAAAAUCCAAAUAGGACAUGGAUGAGUUUAGAGUUUAAAGCAGGUAAACCAGAAUAAGAGCAUCAGUGGACGACUAGGCUAGUAUUUUCUGACCAAGAUUAUGUACGAAUCUUAAUGGGUGGUUACAAACCAUCCCGUGGUCGGUUUUCGGGCUUUUCAUUAGCAGCACCAACAAUAAUAAACAUAACAUGCCUUUAUUUUGUUUUCAUCACGUUUUGUUUCUGUUACGGAACCCUGAAACCCAAUUCACACGACGAUCCUAAUGCAUAUCAACAAACCCAGUCAUGUCCCUGGAUACGGUACCUUUCCAGUAAUCAAGACAAAACUGUUUUCAUUGUCAGCACAUUAGAUGGCAGAGUGCAGGCUUUUGAUGUGAAGAACAAUGGAAAAAUUUUAUGGAGUGUCCAAGCUAAUUCUCAACCAUUACUAUCAUCUAGUAUCAGUAAGAUAGAGCUGUCAAAGAAUGGAGUGAAAACACGAUUAAUUCCCUCACUUGAUGGUGGUUUAUAUCAAGAGGAUGGCGCUAAUAUCGAACAACUUCUUAUAUCCUCUGAAACCCUUCUUAGUUCUACAUUCCGCAUCGAUGAUGAUACUAUGAUGAUAGGAGGGAAAACUAUUCAAAACUAUGGAAUUGAUAUGAACUCUGGACAACUUCGAUACACAUGUUCCGUGAAUGGAUGCCAACAAUUUGGUUAUACAGAUUCAUUGGGUGAAGAAGAAGAUUUGAUAGUUAUUACAAGAAACACUCAAACAAUACGAGCUGUUGACUCACGGAGUGGUUCGGAAAAAUGGAAUUUCAGUGUUGGUCACCAUGAUGUAAAUUAUGUUGGUUUGUUGCAAAACAAGCUGAUGAAGUCUAACACAGAAGUGGAUGACGCUUCUGAAAUGGAGGGAGAAUUGGAGAAUAACUUUGUAACAUGUCCUGAUGAAAUGAAUGAUAUUGUAGAGUCUUCACUAAAGAUUCUGGUACCCCAGGGCAUAAUAUUCUGUGUAUGUCCUGAUGAUCCAAAUCAGAUGCUAUGGCAACAUAAGUUGUCUUCACCUAUUGCUGGGGCUUGGCUUCUGCAUCAAAAUAAACUCAGACCUAUCAGUCUUUUCAGCAAGAAGAAUAUUCCAACAUUGCCGGAUAGUAGUGUGCCUUUAAUGUAUAUUGGACAACAUCAGGACCAGCCCUAUGUUCAAGUAUCAGACCAGAGUGUCGAACAAGUAGCUCCAAGACAAAUAUUCAAGCAUCUACCUUCUGUCGGCUGGAAACCAUAUGUAGCAUCCUCUUUGUCCAGAACUCCAGCAUUACGUUCAAAUACCAAUAACAAACCUCUGAUUGGCAGAAAAACGUUCAAGAAAAAGAACCCAACAGAUACUGCUGUUGCUGUUUGGCAUCAAAAUUAUCCAUUUGAUGAUGGUUAUUAUAUUUUCCCUGAUUUCAAAAUACUUUUUGAUGAGGAAAAGAAACAAAUUUCUGACGAUGAAAAAGAUGUUUCAGGCAGUUACUUCGAUUGGUGGAAAGAAAUUAUGCUUAUUACCAUUGUCUUGUCUGUGACAAUUCCUGUGGCUCUUAAUUACCGUAAUAAUUUAAAUAAUUUUGAUCAUGACCAACAUCACAUUACUUCCUCGGAGAAAUUUCCCAGUUCACAAGAACAGGACGAGACAAAAUCUGGUGAAGAAUUAGUUGUGUCAAAACAACCGAAAGAAGAGCUGACCCGACCAGGCUCAUUACAAGUUCCCAGUGAAAUCGAGUAUGUUUCCAAAUAUUACACAGAUUUUGAGCACGUCGAGAAACUCAGCCAUGGGGCUUUUGGGAUUGUCUUUGUAGCUAAAAAUAAAUUUGAUUCUUGUCAGUAUGCUGUCAAAAGAAUAUGUCUACCAAAAUGUGCAAGCAGCGAAGAAAAGGUAAUGAGAGAAGUGACCACACUUGCAAGUCUUGACCAUGCUGGAAUUGUUCGUUAUUUCCAAUCUUGGUUCGAGUGCCCACCUGUUGGAUGGCAGGAAAAGAUGGAUUUAGAACUGGGCAAUAACGUUUGUCUUACUCCAAGUCCAGUUACACAAACCACAACUCCCUCUGGUGUUACCUCAGAAAAACCCACUAAUCAUAUUGCUGAUUGUCUUUAUCGUAAUCCACUGCGACCUUUCAAUGAUCUCGACUUUUCCAAUAUUUUCCCAAAGACUAAUGGUGUUAGUGGUGGAUUCUCAAGUUAUAAAGAAAAUGAUGAGAGUGGUUCUUUCAGUAUCUCUGACACAAAUCUACAAAGUGAUUCCAAAAAUGAAAGCAGGCAGAGCAAUAGUAGCAAUGAAACCCAAAAUAAAGGAAUUCCUUUUCAGCAAUAUGCAAAAUCUGAACCAUCUUUGAGUAUAAUAUUCCAAGACUCAGGCUGUGAAGAGAAGGGACUAAGCAGUUAUGACAAUUCAGUACAACUGCCCUUUCCUAGCGAGAAACAAUUGACAGUUGAUGACAGUAAACCAAAAGACCAAGUGGCUUGUAAAAAAGAUGAUAAUGUCUCAAAAAACAAGAAAAACAAUAGUCCUAAAAUGUAUCUUUAUAUACAAAUGAUGUUGUGUAAGCGUGAAACCUUAAAAGACUGGCUCACACAACACACAGAGAAGCGGAAUCCUGAAGUUGUUUUAGAUUAUUUUGAUCAAAUUGUUGAAGCUGUGGAUUAUGUACAUAAGAAAGGAGUUUUGCACAGAGAUCUGAAACCUUCAAAUAUCUUAUUUUCUAAAGAUGGUUUAAUAAAAGUCGGGGAUUUUGGAUUGGCAACAGCCAUGACCAACUUUUUAGAGUCAGAAGCAAAAGUAACAGACGACUUGAAAGAAACAACAGACACUGAGGAAUAUGUAAAUGUAUCCUACAAACGACACACUGGUGGUGUGGGCACACAAAUCUACAUGAGUCCUGAGUUGAUUAAUGGAAAGGAUUACAAUGAAAAAGUCGACAUUUUUGCUUUAGGGAUGAUUCUUUUUGAAUUAUUUUACCCUUUUGAUACGGAAUCUGAACGUAGGAAAAAACUUCAAGAUGUAAAAAAGCGACGGUAUCCCGAUGACUUUCAUACGUUUAGUCCCGAAUGUUAUCAAGACGAAACAUGUGACUUGCUCAACAUUCUGCUUUCACCUGAUCCGGCCGAACGACCUAGUGCUCAGCAGGUCCUCAACAGUAGUCUUAUGAUAGAUUUUGCUUAUAGCAAAAUCCCUCGAAGGUUCCGAACACGAACACUAUCAAAUAGCAGCAGAGAAAAGCAAAGUUGAAAAAUGCUUGCUUAUGAAUUCUUAAUGUUUGUCAUGCCUUUCAUUUUUAAUUUUUAAGAACUUGAAAAAAGAUUUUUGAAUUUCAAUGGGUCCAGAACAGUUAAAACUUUCUUUUAAAAUUCUUUACAAAUGUAAUUAAAAAGUUGUAUAUACAUUUUUGUUAUGAAUCACCCGCUCACUCAGAGGAGAAUAGAAAAUAAAUCUAUAUUAUAGGUAAAGUGUAAAUGUUACUGUUUUAUGUUUUUUUACUCCUGUGAACCAAAAGAUUUGGAGAUUUUAUUUCCAAACAUUUGUGAUUAUCUGUAUGAUAUGUUUUGUCAGCUUGUAUUUACCAAAAUAGAAUGUUCAGAAAUCUUAAACAUAAUAGGGAAAAUUCCAUUUUUGUAAAUGUCAAAUUUAAAAAAAAAUCUUUUGCUGCCACUCUUAAACUCAAAAUUUUGUGAAAUUAUUUUAGGCAUUUUUAGUCAUGGUUGGUAACACCCACAUAAAUAUUUUUUUGUUAAAAUAUCACACUCUCUCUCUCAGAGAUAAACUAUUUCUUGCAUCAAGUUCUCUUUCAGUUGAUUUUGGUUAAUUAGCACCACUUAUAGUGCUGGUUGCUGAGUAAUUAUUAUUAUUAUUUAAAAGAAGAAAAAUUUUAUCUAUUCAAAACUCUUCCAAGUAUUAAAAAAAAAUUCCAUCAAUGGAUUAUCCAUGUAAAAGUUAGAACCUGAUUCUCUCCAGAACUUUCUGAUGCAGUCUUAAACUAUUCCAAGAUGCUGUUGGGACCAACUUUCAUUCUUCAUGGUCUGUAAACAAAAGUUUGAGUCAGUUCAGUCUGUUUUCUUCUUCCGGCCAACUCAAAAGGUUUUCAGUUGAAUAGUUUAAUAUUAAAGCUAGAGAUUAAAAAUCCAUUGAUACAGUUGCAAAUGCAGCAAUGUGGAAAUCGAACCGGUGAUUGUGUUACAUUGAGGCACUGUGACUCUGCCCAGGCACAGCAAAAGCUAAAGAAAUUGUCUUGCAGUUAUUUCUUGUGGUUAUUCUGCUUCCAUUUUGAUCCGAAAGCUAAAUCAUUUCAAUUGGAUCUUUAGUCUGAUUGAAAGAGGACCCCCCGCCUCCACUUUUUUGUUUGAAAGUGGCUUUAGGCCCCCCCCCCAACUCCUUUUUUAUUUGAGAACUUGAACCCAUGUAAAGAAUGAAAACCAAACCUGCAAAUAUAUAUUUUGAUGUUGAACAGGAUACUUUAGUGCAUCUAGUCAAGUUUUGAUUCAUUAUUCUUAGUUGAAACAUUGCUGUGGUUGAUUUAAUUACUAAAAUAAGUAGAUGAGCGAUAAGAUACUGGCACCAGCCCUUGGCAUUGGUUUUGUGUCUAGUCAGAGAAAAUCAAUAUUAAACCUGCAACUACCAGUUUGGGAAAUCUGGUUAAAAAACGUGUUUAAUAUGAAGGUUUUCAAUUGAAUUUUUAAAAAUACUUUUAAGUUUUAAGUAAAAAAUAUUUGCUGCUAAAUGUUUGAUUACAUUUUAUACUGAACAGUCAUUUCCCCCCCUCCAUACAAUACCCAGGUAAGGUCAGGGUUAAAAAAGCUUGCUUUCCAACCAUGUGGUUUGGAGUUCAUGUCCACUUUGCAGUGCUUUGAGCAACUAUCUUCUGUUAUAGUUCCAGGCUGACCAAAAUCCCUGUGAGUGGAAUUGGUAGAUGGAAACUGAAAGAAGCCUACCCAUCAUGUAAGGAGUGUAUGUUUGUACUCUUGUCUUGACAUUUUGUGAUGGUUGUGAGGGAUCAUCGUCAUACAAGGAAUUAACCCUUUUAAGAUUUGCACUAAAAACACCUCUGUCAUAUCCAGCCAACACUAAAUUACAACCGUCUCUUUGUACAUACUAGAUUGUCUGUCACCACAUCUUUAUACAUUUUACUCAACCUCCAUCCUAUAAUUUAACUAAUUGAAGUUCUGCCAGUCUAAAAUUUACUCUCUUUGUCCCUUUACACCUUUCUUUCAGCUAAAGAUUGUAACCCUAAACCACUAUGUCAAUGAGGAAGCCUCAGUGGAGUCGCAUGACUUACUAGAAAAAGCAGCCAAAUUAUCUUAGCCCACAUCCUACCAUC